UAUUGAGAGCUUCCAGGAAGGUGAUCACUCUCCCUCUCCAUUUUCUCUCAGUCAUUGUCAUAAUCAUCUUGACAAGCCCACAAACAAAAUUUCAUUUUCUUGACCCCCUUAUUUUCAAGUAGUGUUAAUAGAGAUACAAGAUAAGCAUUUGUGUACAGUCUUUUGUGGGUGGUGCUCAGCUUGUGAGGAAAACAGUAGUGGCUUUUGCGUAUAGUACUUUUGAGAAAGCCCUUGGGUUUCUCACACCUUUGCUUGUUUGUUGAUUUCCUUCACUAUCGUCUUUUAGCUUUUUUUCCGCCAUAGCCACUACUCCGCUCCAUCUGCAGAUAAAGUGCUUGGUACAGAGUCGUACAGUUUUCGGGUCGCCGCGUCGUCUGCGAUAUUUAAGAAGUGUCAGACAUACUCUGAUCCAUGAUGAGGACUAUCUUGUCUGCCUGCAAGCAAGUACAGACGCCCCUACUGGAUAUUUCAGGGCUCAACUUGGAGCUCUUCAAUCCACGGCGCCGAAAGGAGAAGGUAGUGUUCGUGAUAGGAGCCACCGGCACGGGGAAAUCGAAGCUUUCGAUUGACCUCGCCACGCGUUUUCCAUCUGAAAUCAUAAACUCCGACAAAAUGCAAGUCUACAAGGGCCUUCACAUAGUCACGAAUAAGGUGACAGAGGAGGAGUGUCGCGGCGUCCCCCACCAUUUGUUGGGGAUAGCUGAUCCUAAUACCAACUUCACCGCCAUGGAUUUCUGCCACCACGCAUCACUAGCCAUCCAAUCCAUCACCGCUCGCAACCGCCAUCCCAUCAUCGCCGGUGGCUCCAAUUCAUUCAUUGAAGCUCUAGUGACUGACGUCCCUGAAUUCAAAUCAAGGUACGAGUGCUGCUUCCUCUGGGUUGACGUCUCAUUGCCUGUACUUCACCGCUUUGUAUCAGAGCGAGUUGAUCGGAUGGUGGAGGCGGGGUUGGUGGAGGAAGUAAAAAGAAUCUUCGACCCGGAGGCCGAUUACUCACGGGGAAUUAGGCGGGCAAUUGGAGUUCCGGAAAUGGAUCAAUUUCUAAGAGGCGAAAGAAUUGUUGGGGAUAAAAUUGCAGCUCAGUAUCUGAGAAAAGCCAUUGCUAAAAUCAAAGAGAACACCUGCAAACUAGCUUGUUCCCAAUUAGACAAAAUUCACCGGCUGCAGAACAUCAGGGGAUGGAAAAUACAUCGCCUGGACGCCACUGAAGCCUUCCUAAAACGAGGGGACGACGCCGAGGAAGCGUGGGAGAAGCACGUGGCAGGGCCGAGCAUGGACAUCGUCGGCUGUUUCCUCCGCCACCAAGACUGUGUGCCCAACAUUGUGGUUCCGGUUCCGGUUCCGUCCACUGCCAUCAUCGGCUCCACCGUGGCCAUGACCGCUGUGGCGGCCGCCAGUCACUAAAGGCUGUGGGACCCACAAAAUCUUACCCCCGCAGUAAUAACACGACACCACCUGGUUGGCCGCCACGUAUCAUAUUUUUCCGUUUUUGUUUUUCUGGUUUUCGCCUUUCUGGUAUUUUGGAGGUUGGUAAGAUUAAAAAAGAAAAAAAAUUACGGCGGCUCCUAAGGAGAUCGCCAUGAUGGCCGUUAAGCAGCAUGCUUUGUGCAGCCGUACGAUUGGAGAAGGAUCAUUUUAGAAAACAGAGAGGGUGCCUACUUAAAAUGCGCGCGCCUAUUUUCCGUACAGACUUUGGUGCGUGGCGUUUGUGGAGGCACUUUCUUUGUGGGGUGGGGCCCAUCCCCUAUUUGUGAAUUGUCGAUGUGGGAAUAGUAAUAAAGGUAUGGACCCACUGUUGUGUACCAUUUCUUUCCCAUGUAUGGAAGUGAGACGAGAGAGAGAGAGAGAGAGAGAGAGAGAGAGAGGGACAGGAUGAGAUGAGAGAAGAGAUGGAGAGAAGACGUUUUUGGUUCUACCUGUGUGCCACCUUUGACAUUGGGUUGUAUAUGUAUUGGUUGUAUAAGUCUAUGGAAUAUAUAUAGUUUUGAAUAUGAUUCCAACA